ACACAUGUGCAAACCAGCAGGCUACCUAUAAAUACCCAAUGAAAACAACCCAUCCUAAACACUCCAGACUGGUCCUAAAAACUUGUUUCAAGCACUCCUGAAGUUCUUUUAACUGUCUCCAAUCAACACUCCAAUGGAGAAACAAAUCGACAUUGUCUGUCAUGAGUGCGAUCCUUCAAAUGCUACACAAGUUCCAGAGGCUCUUUUAAGGUCGGAAGGAGAAUUGACAUCUAUUAAAGCUAGGCAGAAAAAAGUGCGGGAAGCACUUAAAAAAUUUAAUGUUAUUAUCCCAGAGGAUAAAGAGCCUCCUGUAAUUGCUGUUUUGGGAUCUGGUGGUGGACUUCGUGCCAUGGUUGGUUUUCUUGGUGUCCUUGGUGAACUGGCCAGAGAAGGUCUUCUGGAUGUUAUUACAUAUAUUUGUGGCAUCUCUGGAUCAACCUGGGCUAUGUCAUCCCUGUAUAAUAAUGAAAAGUGGUCAUCAUGCAUGGUUGAGAUGGAGCAUCAGAUAAUUGAGCGUCUAUUAAAUCCCUCAAUGAACUUGGAAAAAAUGUGGGGAAAGCUAAAACAGAGUUUUUCUGAAGAAAUGUUUUCACUGACUGAUUUUUGGGCAUACGUGUUUGUUCAUAAAGUCAUUAGUGACAUUAAUGAAAAAACAUUGUCCAAUCAUCGGACAUCGUGUGAGAUUGGAGAAAAUCCUUAUCCUGUCUAUGCUGCUGUAGAAAAGGACUCUUUAAAUAAAUUUCAGCCAGGGGCCUGGUUCGAGUUUACACCUCACCUGGUUGGAUUCCCAGCAUACAAUUCAUUUGUCAGAACUGAGCUCCUGGGCAGUCAAUUCAGUGAAGGGAAAUUAGUGAAGAAUUAUCCAGAGUGGGACAUCUGUUAUCUCCAAGGAAUGUGGGGCAGUGCGCCUGCAAAUAAUAAUGCAAUUAAAAAUUUCAUCAAAGACAGAAUUCAUAAACUUUUCCCGAAUAUUACAAAUGAAGGGUCCUGCAGUGAGGCUUCUCAGCUAUCAAAUAUUGAAGGAUCACAGGACUCAGAGGAACCCUGCUUGUGCAAUGGAUGCCAAAAGGUGGUGUCCUUACUCUCAAACCAUGAUCUUCUUGAGAUGACCCAUGCAAAGAUGGAGAUGGUGUUUGAGGAUUCUGAUAAAAAUGUAGAAGGUUUUUGUGAAAAAGUGAAUCUGGUACAAAAUGUACUGCAAUGUUUUGUCCAUUGGAAGUGGGGAACCACUAAUAACUUUCUGUAUAAAUGGAGCAGUAAUAUCCCUGAUGACCUCCACUGCAAAGAGUACUUAUCUCUAAUUGAUGCCGGACUGGAAAUAAAUUCUGCAUACCCAUUAAUGUUACCACCUAAUCGCAAAAUAGAUCUUAUUUUGUCUUUUGACUUCAGUGAAGGAGAUCCUUUCUUGACACUGAAAAGCACAGAUGAAUAUUGCAAGAUAAAUGGAAUUCCCUUUGUCAAAUUUAACAUAGAAGAUUCCGAAUGUGAAGAGCCAUCUCAAAGUUGCUAUGUGUUUGAAGAAGAUGGCAAAGAGGCUCCUGAUGUGAUGCAUUUUCCUCUUUUUAACGAGCAGAGUUGUGAAGGUAAAAUCCUUGAACUUAGGAAGAAAUAUGUUACUGCCAAUAUGUUUUAUGAUGAAUCAGAGCUUACAGAAGUUUUGAAGAUAGCCAAACAAAAUGUGGAGCUAAAUAAAGAUCGGAUACUAGAGAAAAUUUUGCAAGUCCAGCAGUGUAAAUCAUCUGUUUGAACUCCAUCUGUUUCCUUAAAAGGGUUGGCCAACAAAACAACAUUAUCCAUAGAAUAGGUGAUAUGUGAAUAAUCGCUGGGUCUGACCGUUGGGACCCCCACUGAUCACAGAGGUCCCCAAGUCCUCUGUGUGAAUGGAGUAGCAGCUUGCGUGUGUGAACACCACUCUAUUCACUUUGAUGGGACUGCCAGAGAUAACAGAGCAAUGUAGUCAGCAGUCCCAUAGACACUGAAUGGAACAGUAACCAUGCAGGUGCACUACUGUUCCAUACACACAGUGGAUUUAGGGAUCCCCACUCUCAUGAUCAUUGCGGUCCCAGUACUCCGACCCCUAGCAAUCAUAUAUGUAUCACCUAUCCUGUAAGUAGCCAAAAAGUCAACAUCUAUACUUAAAAACAAUAAAAUCCGGCAGUUUUCGCACUGGCCACUAAGCCUAAUAAUUGCCGCCACUUCGAUGGCUGCUCUCACAAUCCUGUUCAGGAAACGAACUAAAAAAAAUCUGCAAUCAGAAAAUAAAAACAGAUUAGAUAAAAAGGACACGUGUCACUAUCUGGUUUUAACUGGCAGAUAAAAAUGUUGGUGACACAUUUCCUUUAACUAUGAGUCCACAUCUAUAAACCUACAAGGAGUUGGGACAUGUAGCUAUAAUAUGCUGCCUUUACAUAUGGCAGAGAGCAAGGGGAUGUUUGAAAUAAAUGUAAAACUCGCCGUUUAAAUGUCUCACUGGUCCCAGGCCGCCACCUCUCUGAUCUCCACUGGACUUACAGUAGCCACAUGUUAUUAAUCGUUCACAUGACAGCUGCAGCCAAUCACCAAUCUAACUAAUCAUGUGUGCACAAAUGGAAUGUGACCGCUGAGGCCAGUGAUUUGACUGCAACACUCACAUGUAUGAUGAAUGACCACUACAGGCCCUGUGAGGAUCAGAGCAGUGGGGACCAGAACGGUGGCGCGGGACACUUGGAAGAAAAGGGAUUUUAAAAUUUAUUUUACACAGCUCACUGCUGUCUGUCUCAUUUUAAGAAAUCUUAGAAAAUCUCUUUAGUAACCUUGUUGUCCCUCAUACCUUAACAUUGUAUUCUAGUAUGUGUAAUAAAAAAAUUUAAAAAAAAAAAAUAUAUAUGUAUGUAUAUAUACACUCACCUAAAGAAUUAUUAGGAACACCUGUUCUAUUUCUCAUUAAUGCGAUUAUC